AUGCGCAACCACGCCCUUUCCGAAGGGUCGGCAAGAGACUUCGGCGCAUCGCAUUCGUUUGGUGCGGCGGUCGAGGUAGCAGGUCGAGACCAGCGCUCACAGAUCGGCGGAGCGGAAGGGGGAGCAGAAGCGGGAGCGGAGAGGGGAGCGGAGAGAAGUGCGGAGGGGGAAGCGGGGGGGGCCACGGGGGAAGCGGAAGUUAGGGCGGCGAAGGGGGAACCGGAAAUUAGGGCGGUGGAGGGCGGCGGUAGUACCUCGAGUCGAGGCCGGCAGGUGCUGAUUCGGGUGAAGCGGAAGCGCGGGGAGGCGUCAUCUGACGUGAUCGUGGUGGAGGCGGCACCCAGGGGCGGCAGAACCAAGCUUGCGCGCAGCCACGUGGAGGCCCUCCGGGCUCUGAGUCUGGGCGGGGGAGGCGGAGGAGGCGGGGGAGGCGGGGGAGGUGGGGGAGGCGGGGGAGGUGGGGGAGGCGGGAACGAACGGGAUGCGCGGGUGGCGCGGGAGGGACGGGGAAGCGCGGUCGAGGAGGCAAAGACUCUGGAGGGUCGAGGAGAAGACGCGUCUGCUUCCACUGGUCCACCGCCCGCGCGCGGGGGCGCGUCGGCGGGGCGGCGGCUGGUGUUCCGGCGGGUGGGGUCCAUGCCGUGGGCGAGCCUGCGCCACGCAGGCGCGGCGGACAGAACGUUCCGCCGGGUAAAGCUGCAGCAGCAACAGCAGCAGCAGCAGCAGCAACAGCAGCAGCAGCAGCAGCAGCAUGGGGAAGAGGGUGCGUCUCAUCGUGCAUCUCCUCUCGAGCAGCAGCGGCGGCGGCUGCAGGGGCAACCAGAUGGCUUGUCCGGCGCUGCUGCUGAUGCAACGGUUCAGCGGCAGUUUGCAGCCGCGUCCGCGUUUGAGGCCGUCCCGUUUGAGCAGCAGCGGCGCAGUGCGAAGGGCGGCAGCCCGCCCCGACUGCGCGUGGCGGCCAGCCGAGCGAGAGAGAAGGAGGAGGCGGAGGGGGAGGAGGAGGAGUGGAUGCGGCUGUUCAAUGUGGUGGAUGCAGAGCAGGUGCGGGCAGCGGAGGAGGAGGCUGCUAGGAAGGCCAAGAGGAGAGAGCAGGCACUCAGGGAGCGAGAGGCGAGGGAGGGGCAGCUGGCGUGCAACUACCUGCCACUGCUGAGAGAGUUCCUUCCAGAGGCUGCACGGGAGAUGGAGGAGAAGAUGGUGCAGGAGCAGCAGCAGAGAGGCAUUUCUGCUGAUGCUGCCACAGGGCAAUGGGGUCUCCAAAAUUCCAUUGCUCCACAGCAGCAAGCUGAGCAGGAGCAGCAGGACACGGAUUCAGACGAUGUGUGUGACCUGUACUGCAUGGAGGGGUGCCUCUCUGAUGACGAUGACGACAUGGAUGGACCGCUGGGCUCGUACCUCCACCACCACUCUGCACCGUACCCAACGCUGCGCAUAUGUGACAACCAUGUGUUUGACGAGAGUGGGGAGCCCUUCACUCUCAGCAAAGGGGACGCGCUUAUUUCAGACGGUGACAGCGACGACUCAAAUGCGGAGAAUAACCCUCUGAACGACUACGGAGAUGAAGAGGACGAUGACGAGGACGAGGGCAUGUGGGGUGCGGACGCCGAUGGUGAUGAUGAUGACUAUGAGUACGAAGAGUAUGAGAGCUAUGCUGGCCGGGAUGAUGAUGAUGACGACGAUGAUGAUUUUUGA